ACAUCGGACCGAUAAACUCUUUCCAACACUACGGCUUUGACGCUUUGACUGCUGGCCAUGCGAACUGGUAUGGUAAAUACGGAAAAAUGGACAUAGGAGCUUAUAAAUUGAGUGAAUACAUCCCCGCCAAGCCGCUGGUCGGUAAUCUGGAGGUGUGCUUUACGGACGGAGAGCAGAGACACACUGAAACCUGCGGCCAACUUAAAUGCGGCGAUAUUUUGAAGUUCCCAUUCGCCCGCACUGAUUUCCAGCCAAGUUCAGUGGAGAUAAAGGAGAGCAAGGUGCUCGUGGCUGCUGAUAAGGCCACAGAGACGAAACGCGUGGUGGAGCUGACUCUGCAGUCCACGUUCGACUACCAGCCUGGGGACACCAUUGGAAUUUUGCCUACUAAUAAACUCGAACAAGUGGAAAGUAUGCUCAAUCGGCUGGAACUGUUAGACCAGGCCGACACCACUUGCCACCUAAAGUUGGUGUUCAACUGCGCCAAUAAGAAUGCUAAGCUACCCGCCCACAUUCCAGCAACUACUACUCCCCGGGAGAUCCUUACCCACUGCCUGUCCCUAAACUUUGCUCCGCAGAAGCAGCUUCUCAGCGCUCUGGCCGGCUUUACAAGCGAUGAAAAAGAGCGUUGUUUCCUGUCCUGUCUAUCCUCUAAACAGGCCACCGAGUACUACCAAUCGCUGAUCUUAGAGCAAGGCCUGCUUUUCAUAGACAUUCUUGAACUGUGCGUCAACUGCAGGCCACCACUGGCCUUCCUGGCAGAGCACUUGCCACGGCUGCUGCCACGACCGUACUCCAUUGCCAACAGUCCUUUGGAGGCUGGUAAUCGCGAACUUCGCGUUAUCUACUCGCUGCUCAGCCUCAAACCUGGAGUCACAACCAGCAUGUUGGAGGCGGCUACACAGGAAAGCAGCCCAGAGCAUAUCAAAAAGGUGGUUAUCUACCCACGAAUAAGCAACCUAUUCCGUUACACAGAGCGGGAUGUGGGCAGAAACCAAAUACUUAUUGCUGUUGGCACAGGUCUGGCGCCUUUUCUUGGAUUCUUAGCCCACAAGGAAGAGCUUUUAAAACAGCAGCCCCAACAGGCAAGCGGACAAUCCUGGCUUUACAUUGGUGCCAAGACCCAAGAAGCGGUUCUUAAGCGUGAAAAAAUAAUGGCCUGGCAGGAAUCCUCGUUGCUCGAGCGCCUACGGAUGUGUUACUCGCGAGGCGAGUCCCCUAGCUACGUGCAACAAAUGUUGGAGGAGGACUGUAAAGAUCUGGUCGAGUUCCUGAUGAAGUCAGAGACUGUGUUGUACAUUUGUGCCGAUGGCGCCAAGAUUUCGCGGUCCAUUGCAAGUGGCUUAUGUCGAUGCCUGCAGAAGGCUAUGCAUCUCACGGAGGACGAAGCUUCGCAGCUGUUAAAUACACUGAGGAAGCAGGGCAAAUACCGCGAAGAUGUUUGGCUGUAAUGUACAAGUCUAAGGUGCAGUCAAAAUAAAAGCUUCACUAAUUAAGUCCUAUAAAUACCUUAAUAUAUUA